GGAGCGCGCGGCCGGGCUCGGCGGACACCGCCCUGGCGUGGCUCGGCGGGGUCCCGCCUACUUUCCCCCUCCCUGUACUGUAGGGGCGGCUCCCACCGAGACCGCGGGGAUGGGCGGCCGAAGCCUCCUUGUUAAACUCGCCCCCGGACACUGAUCCUCCCGCCCCGGCCGUCGAGCUUCAGCGGCUUCGCCCCUCGCGGGGAGAGCGAGCCCGUGCGAGCAGCAUGGACCAAAGCCUGGUGGGUCACCCGGUGACCCUCAUCAUCAAAGCGCCCAACCAGAAAUACACCGACCAGACCAUCAGCUGCUUCCUGGACUGGACCGUGGGCACGCUGAAAACUCACCUCUCCAAAGUCUACCCCAGUAAGCCGUCUACAAAGGAUCAGAGACUGGUGUAUUCUGGCAGACUGCUUCCUGAUCAUCUGCAGCUGAAAGAUAUUCUCAGAAAACAAGAUGAAUAUCAUAUGGUUCAUCUAGUAUGUACUUCACGGACCCCCCCAAGUUCUCCAAAACCAAGCACCAGUUCUGUGUGUCAUGGAGCAUCGACAUCUGGCAACAGCUCAAAUUCAGAACAUUCUGGAUCAACAACUCCAUCACCCACAAGCCAAGAAUCUUUAUCUACAUCUAUAAACUCUAGCUCAGAUGGAGUGAGGCAUCGUAACCUUCCACAAGCACAAAGCAAUCCUGUGCAAAGCCACCAGUUCCCAUAUUUAAUGCAAGGCAACAUAGGCAACCAGUUUCCAGGUCAAGGUGUUUCUACUGGAUUUUCAAUGUACCCUGCAUUCAGCCCAUUACAGAUGAUAUGGUGGCAACAAAUGUAUGCACGUCAGUACUACAUGCAAUAUCAAGCUGCAGUUUCAGCCCAGGCAACAUCCAGCCCUGAGCCAGUCAGAUCAGCCGUCGCGCAGCCUGUAAAUUCAGAGCAUGUUCCUGCAAAUGAGCCCCCAGCAGUGCCAAACGUAGCAGCACAGGACAACAGGCCUGUAAACCAGAAUGUUCAAAUGAAUGCACAAGGAGGUCCAGUAGUGAAUGAGGAGGACUUCAAUCGAGACUGGUUAGACUGGAUGUACACAUUCUCUAGAGCAGCUAUUCUCCUCAGCAUUGUAUACUUUUAUUCUUCCUUCAGUCGGUUUGUCAUGGUAAUGGGAGCCAUGCUACUGGUUUAUUUGAGCGUCUUAUGGAUGAUGGGAUUGAUGAAGAGAGUGGAGAAGAUGCAGGUGAAGAUGGCAGUACAGAGCAGCAUCCUGGAUUCAUGGCUUCAGCUUGGUCCUUCAUCACCACCUUCUUCACAUCGCUCAUCCCUGAAGGACCUCCACAGGUUGGCAAUUAGGCUCAAGAGGAACUGUGCCAGGCAGCAUAAGAAGCUGUACAUAGAAGAGGGAGUUGAAUCUAGGGGGCAUUUUAAAUACAGUGCAAUUUCAAAAGAUUUAUAAUAACUUUUUGAUCAUGGUGUACAAAAAUGUGUAUUUUUCCCUUUUGGCUUUCUCAUGCAUAUGAAUAUUUUAAGCACAAGUGGACUACUACAUUUUUUUUUUUUAAGUUCUUCUUUUUUCUAAAGAAGAAUUAAAUGUAAAGAUACCGGUCUUCCAUGUUUUAUUUUAAUUUUAGUUGUACAUUACACUGAGACAAGAAGUUUGUAGGUUGUGUGCACGAUUAUUCCUUUGAAGAGCUGUUAAAAGUAUAAAUGUCAACAACAAAAACCUUUUAAAAAUGAGAUUUCUCCUGGUAAAUUUAACUUAACUGUGAGUCUUCCUAAUAGUCAUAAACACUAUAUAAAUCCUCGUCUGAGUUUUGUGUUUAUGGCAUCCCCAAAAGAAUUCUAUUCAGACAAAAUAUUACCUGCUAAUGGUAUGUUUUUUCUUGUGCUAUAAAGUACUAAGCCUCUCGUAUAAGAAGCUAGAAAGUUUAAAUAUCUUGAGGCUAUAUAGCCAGUUUCAAUAAAUUUUGGGGUGAUUUUCUCUUUUAGACAGCUCUUCAAAGAAAAUUAACAGUGAUCAAGUACAUCAUCAAUGUUUGAUACAUACAGUACUUUUUAAAGAAAGAUGUACUGGAAAAUAGACAUAUGUAAUUAGUUUUUUUAAUAAAAACAAGUUACAGUAA